AAAAAAAAACUGUUGUUAUCAACAAAUUCUAACUUACGUUCAAGUUAGGUCAAUUACAUGAUUUUAUUUCACAACUAAAAUUUCUUAAACAUCUCUUUCUUCGAUAUUUUCAAGAUAUGUGUAACCUGAAGUGUUGAAUUAUUCGACAACAUGAAUAUGAAUCUACAUUAACAGACAUAACGUGAAAAAUGGCGACUGGAAACUCCAUGCCGCGUUGGAAGUCUUAUUGAUGUUGCAAUAAUCAGAGCAGUUUGAUAAGAAUUAGAAAGUGAAAUCACUUUUUAUCACAAGAACAGACUUGCAGUAAAUAAGGUAUUAUACUAGAAAUCUACAGCUAUGAAGGUUGUUCAAUUUAAUCUCCUAAAAAUAUGCAGCAUUUUUACCAUCAUAUAUGGACUGUUCAAAAGAGCCAUGUGCCUUAUGAAACGGAGAAGAAACAGUGAUGCAUUGCCUGUCAGUAUGAACUCUCUCUCGGUGCCAGACAACACAACACAUGAUAUACCAUCAACUGAGCCUAUAGAGUUGCAGGACUGGGAUGACUGGGGAGGAGAGAAUGGACCAACAAGCAUACGAGUAGAUUCUGGUCAGCCUAAUGAGGAAUCAGAAGAACCUGAGGUGGAUUUCUUUGCAGAGAUGGCACCAAAAAUAAAAAAACCUCCCAUUAUUAGAAAAAAAGUAGAAACAUCAAGUUUUGGAUUCCCCAACAGGCUGUCUAUGGAUGCUGGUGUUAUACCACAAACUACUUCUGAAUUGGAAACAUGGAACGAGUACGAAAGCAAUGCCUGGGAAGACGAGACGGCUGGUAACGUGUCAUCUUGGGAAGUGGAACAGGUAAUGAAAGAAACCAAAAUGCAAGAAAGAGAAAAGCGAAUGAUGGAAACGCAACGAAAAAAAUUAGAAAGAGAAGCACAUAAAUCUGUGAAGAAAGAUUCCGGAAAACUGGCCACAAAGUUGUCGUGAUAACUUGUUUUACAGGCAUUUUUUUAACACAUGGCCAAGGUGAUAGCAUUCUUUUAAAAAGUCCAAACAAUUAUGUUACAUUGAUUUUUUUUAUGUAAAUGAAUUUUGUCAUCAACUUGCUGUCUUAGUUUGUACAAACCACACAUUAGUAUAAACUUCAUGGCCCUUAGUAUAAUAAGAGAAAAGUUUGUAAUUAGGUGUACUACAAUUUUUUUUUCACAAUACAUUUGUUGUAAUUUUGCUAAGUUGAUGUUUUGUUGUUGUAAAAUAUGGAAGUCCAUGCAUGUGGUGGGUAUGUCAGUUUGGAUUGUGUUUUAAAGGUCAGCGUUCAGUUGAUGGGGGCAGAGGUCAAGUUUGAGUGUCGGAGCACCUUUUUGACAAUUAAUCCAUAGCUUUUUUCAGAGUACAAUAUGAAAAUAAUAUUUUGAAGGGAAUCAAAAAGUUGAUAAGUGAUUGAAAAAUAAAUGAUUGGGAAAUAAUGGAACUGAGCUGUGAGACUGAUGUCACUGAGCAAGUGGGGUCACAAUGAGGUUAGACAAACACAUAAAUGGAGAAAAGUUUGCUGAAAUACUGUCAUGCCCAGUGGGGAAAUCAUGUUAAACUGUCAGGCAAGCUGAAAGUCGUGCUUCAUAGGCAGGUCAUCUUAUGAAAUGAAUUUAUUUUAUUGUGCACUAUGAUUAGUCUUUUUCUUGGGAACAUUUAAAAUAGUAAUCAGUUGCUGUCGAUAGUUAAUAUAUUUGCAGUGCUUUCUUCAAACACUGGUAUUGAAAGGAGUCCAAUUUACUGUACAACAUGUUGAAAAAGCGACAUGCAAUUUUAGCGAAUUGUGGUAAAAUGACGUGAAAUGUUGAUUUAGCGAAUCUCUCUUGUCAUUGUUGAUUAUCUGUUUUUACAAUACUUGUCUGUCGCGUGUCAAAACAAAUCACCUCCAUAAAAACAAAGAAAAACUGUCAAGUUUAAUUUGGAAGUACCGCAGAUUUUUAUGUUCCAGAUUACUGUAUACAAAUCCCCAAGCCUUGGCCAUUUUGAAUUUAGCGACAUCUUGAAAAACGAAUCAGUUCUCUCGCUAAAUUUGCUAAAAAGACAUGCAGAUUUAUUCAUCUUCCAUGAAGCUAUGAUGACCAUAAUAUCUUAUUUAACUUUUUAUUGCAUAUCUUCCUGGAAUAAAACAUUUUUUUUUCAGUUUAAUAGUUCAAAGUUGCUGGAAACUGAGAUUUUAUUUAUUUGUUUACUCAUUCACUACUAUUUCUUUUUUUGCCAAACAUGAAAUAUCACAUACAGAACACACUUCAGUGUGCCCUCGAUACCAAUAUGACAUGAAACUGAUGCGACACAACUAAUUAUGCUGAUUCUCUGGCAUGUCAUUUACAUAACAGAAAUUAGACAUUGAUAUCAUGAUCUUGAAAAAAAAAAACAUGUUGUGGAAUAUAUACUUUGGUAAACUAAAAUUCACAUUUUCUAAACUAAAAUCUGUGUAAAAACGAUUUUAUAUUUUUUAUUUGUAUCUCAAGUGAUACAGUUUUAUCUUUUUUUUGAAGACCAACCUCCCAAGCAGGUAAACAAACUGACUGAACUUGAUUUUUGGGAUUUCUUUUUCACUCAAGAUCUCUACAAAAUCAGUCCUGGUAGAAGGCGCACUGGUAGAUAGUCCUGUACUAAUCAUACCAUUCAUAAAACAGCUUGUAUUUAUUUAUAUGAAAGUGCUAUGGUAUCACAGUUUUCCACUCCUGCAAUUGACUUAGCAUAAGGAUACCAAUAUUUUAUUCAUUUAGUCGAUGAUUUAGUUGCAUCUGUAUCACAUGUAAAUAUAAUAAUCAAUCCUACUUGUGAUAGAGAUGCAUUCUAUUUGUAAUACCAAUUAUAUUUGUAAUAACUAUCGAUGAUGCAUUCAUGGAUUUUGUUUUUAAAUUAGCAGAUUUUUCUUAUCAGUGAAAAUAACAAAAUUUAAACGUAGUGAAUUAUUUUGUUUACAGUACUGACUUUGAUUCAGUCGAUGUGAAACUGGUGUAACUAUGAAUCCAAUGUAGAUUAAACAUUUAUAUGCUAUGCUCUUGCUGUCAUUAAUAAACGUAAUACAUAUUGUCAAUUUUAUUAAAAAUCUCAAGAUAAAUUACCCGGUAGUAAAAAUUACAUGUGUAUAUGGGAAGUGUUUGCAAUUUCUUGUAUUUUGUUUUCAAAAUUCCAAGAGUAGCCAGAUAUAUCAUGAGAAAAUAUAACUGUGUUGAAAUACCGGUAGCCAUAUACAUGUACAGGUUGGUUAUUUCAAUAUUUUUGCACCAACGAAGUUUUUAGUGUAACGGCAAAACUAUCCAAGACAUUAACAAACAAAACAAGUAUUAAAAAUACAUUGAUAUGGGUUGAAAAUAUUAUUGUAUUAUUAUGGAGGGAGAGGGGAAUAAAUAUAUUCGCUUGUUUUAACAAUGAAAGUGAAAGUAUUCAGGUGUAAAAUCUGUUUGGGAACCUCUGCAGCUUUGAAGACUCCCAACUCCUAGUAUAGUAAAUCAUCACAGAAAUGGGUUUUAUUGUCAUUUUGGAUGGAGUGGUUUUGAGAAGUUGAAUGUUAGGUAUUUGUUUCAUCUGAAAUAAACAUUAAUUGUAUACUA